GAACAUAAUUUUAUUAAAACUAUUAUCAAAACAUUCAGCAACACACAGAGCUGGUCGAUCAGUUGGUGUAUGUAGUUUAGUGUGAAACAAGUGAUCGAACGUGAAAGACGCUUUAAUAACUUUCGCUAAAAUAUACAGAUCUCGAAACGUUUAAUAGAAAACAAAGCCAUGAAGACCAGAAACAAAAUUUUAAUAUCGACAAUAACGCUAAUAUUGGCCACGACGGUCAACGGCGUCGACCAGGGUCUAGAGGACGAAGAAAUCCAAGCCCAGGAAUACAUACAGGAAUUGAAUUAUGAGAUUCAAAUGCGACGAAACCAGGAGGCGAACGCUGAAUGGAAUUAUUAUUCGAACAUAACUGAUGAAACGGAAAGGCGAAAACUGGAGGUGUCGACGGAAAAUGCAAAAUUUUACAAGGAAAAGGCUAAAGAAACUCUCAAGUAUAAUUUCCAUGCUUACCAAAACGACGAUUUGAAACGACAAUUUGAGAAACUCACAAAGCUCGGAUACGCUGCUUUAUCGGACGAUAAGUAUAGGGAAUUGCAGAGUGCUAUCACUUCAAUGGAAACUAAUUACGCUAAGAUAAAAGUGUGCUCAUUUUCCGAUCGAUCUAACUGUACAUUGCAAUUGGAUCCAGAAAUAGAAUCUAUAUUUGCUGAAAGUCAGAACCCGGAAGAGUUGAAAUACUACUGGGAACAAUGGUACAAUCUAGCCGGCACUCGGACAAAAAAAGAUUUUACAACUUACGUUCGUCUCAAGAAUGAAGCGGCACGAUUAAACAACUUCACCGAUGCUGCACAGUCGUGGUUGCAUGAGUACGAGGACUGUACAUUUGAACAACAAUUGGAAAAUAUAUUCGAUCAAAUUAGGCCACUAUAUCAACAGUUGCACGCGUACAUGCGAUAUAAGCUGAAUCAGAAAUAUGGAAAUUUGGUGCCACUCAAGGGAGCUAUCCCGAUGCACAUUUUAGGAAAUAUGUGGGCUCAGUCUUGGGACAAUGUAGCUGAAUUUGGCACUCCAUACCCUGCAAAACCUGUGCUGGAUGUUACUGAGGAAAUGAUUAAACAGAAGUACACUCCACUGAAAAUGUUCCAAAUGGCCGAUGAAUUCUUUGAAUCAUUGAAUAUGACUAAAGUCCCUGCGACUUUCUGGCAGAAAAGUAUAAUUGAGAAGCCAAAAGGUGUAGAGCUAGUGUGUCAUGCAAGUGCCUGGGACUUUUAUCUCACCAAUGAUGUUCGUAUCAAACAGUGUACUCGUGUAACUAUGGACCAAUUUUUUACGGUACAUCAUGAACUCGGUCAUAUUCAAUACUAUCUGCAAUACCAACAUUUACCUCAAGUUUAUCGAGAAGGAGCUAAUCCUGGCUUUCACGAAGCUGUCGGUGAUGUUCUAAGUCUGUCUGUAUCCACGCCUAAGCAUCUGAAGAAAAUUGGACUGCUGACUGAUUUUGAUGACGACGAGGAAAACAAAAUCAAUCAACUGUACAAGGACGCAUUGGAUAAAAUCAUUUUCCUUCCGUUCGCCUAUGUUCUCGAUAAAUAUCGUUGGGGUAUAUUCCGUGGAACAAUAGCUGCCAACGAAUACAAUUGUAAAUUUUGGAAGAUGCGCGAAGAAUAUUCGGGAAUUGUGCCACCGGUUCAGCGAUCUGAAAAUGAUUUCGAUGCUCCGGCAAAAUAUCACGUUUCCGCCGAUGUUGAGUAUCUCAGAUAUUUGGUGUCGUUCAUCGUUCAGUUUCAAUUCCACAAAGGGGCUUGCGAAAAAGCCGGUGAAUAUGUGACCGGUGAUCCGGAUAAAUUACUUUCCGAUUGUGAUAUCUAUCAGAGCACUGCUGCCGGAAAUGCAAUUAAAGCGAUGUUAUCACUUGGAUCGUCGAAACCAUGGCCAGAUGCGAUGGAAGUAUUAACAGGCAAUAGAAAAAUGGAAGCGACCGCAAUUUUGGAAUACUUUGCUCCGCUGUAUGAGUGGUUGGUUAAGACUAACACCGAAAACGGAGUUGAGAUCGGAUGGGAUCUUACAUACGAAUGUGCAGCUUCAAGUUAAACAGGCGAGACAAGAAGAACACUGAAAAACAUUGGAAAUGAAACGAUUUCAAUUUGAACGACACAAUAAAGGGAUUCGAAUUAA